AUGGGGCUCUGCAUCAUGGAGCUCUACAUCAUGGGGCUCUACAUCAUGGGGCUCUACAUCAUGGGGCUGUACAUCAUGGGGCGCUACAUUAUGGGGCGCUACAUCAUGGGGCUCUACAUCAUGGAACUCUAUAUCAUGGGGCUCUACAUCAUGGGGCUCUACAUCAUGGGGCUGUACAUCAUGGGGCUCUACAACAUGGGGGCUCUAUGUUCGCAGCUUCCUAUACCGGUUCUGGCCUCUACACAGGUUCCAACACUGGUUCUGGGUUCUACACAGGCUCUUACACCGGUUCUGGGCCCUACACAGGUUCCAACACCGGUUCUGGGUUCUACACAGGUUCCAACACCGGUUCUGGGCUCUACACAGGUUCCAACACCGGUUCUGGGCUCUACACAGGUUCCAACACCGGUUCUGGGCUCUACAUUGGUUCAUACACAGGUUCCAACACCGGUUCUGGGCUCUACACAGGUUCCUACACCGGUUCUGGGCUCUACACAGGUUCCUACAACGGUUCUGGGCUCUACACAGGUUCCUACACCGGUUCUGGGCUCUACACAGGUUCCUACUCCGGUUCUGGGCUCUACACAGGUUCCAACACCGGUUCUGGGCUCUACACAGAUUCCCACACCGGUUCUGGCCUCUACACAGGUUCCAACACCGGUUCUGGGCUCUCCACAGGUUCCAACACCAGUUCUGGGCUCUACACAGGCUCCUACACCGGUUCUGGGCUCUACACAGGCUCCCACACCGGUUCUGGGCUCUACACAGGCUCCUACACCGGUUCUGGACCCUACACAGGUUCCAAUACCGGUUCUGGGCUCUACACAGGUUCCUACACCGGUUCUGGGCUCUACACAGGUUCCAACACCGGUUCUGGGCUCUACACAGGCUCCCACACUGGUUCUGGGCUCUACACAGGUUCCAACACCGGUUCUGGGCUCUACACAGGCUCCUAAAACGGUUCUGGGCUCUACACAGGUUCCUACACCGGUUCUGGGCUCUACACAGGUUCCAACACCGGUUCUGGGCUCUACACAGGUUCCAACACCGGUUCUGGGUUCUACACAGGCUCCCACACCGGUUCUGGGCUCUACACAGGUUCCUACACCGGUUCUGGGCUCUACACAGGUUCCAACACCAGUUCUGGGUUCUACACAGGUUCCUACAACGGUUCUGGGCUAUACACAGGCUCCUACACCGGUUCUGGGCUCUACACAGGCUCCCACACCGGUUCUGGGCUCUACACAGGCUCCCACACCGGUUCUGGGCUCUACACAGGCUCCCACACCGGUUCUGGGCUCUACACAGGCUCCCACACCGGUUCUGGGCUCUACACAGGCUCCUACACCGGUUCUGAGCUCUACACAGGCUCCCACACCGGUUCUGGGCUCUACACAGGCUCCUACACCGGUUCUGGUUGUUGCGUCUCUACCAAUUGUUGCGUCUCUACCAAAUGUUGCGUCCCUACCAAUUGUUGCGUCCCUACCAAUUGUUGCGUCUCUACCAAUUGUUGCGUCUCUACCAAUUGUUGCGUCCCUACCAAUUGUUGCGUCCCUACCAAUUGUUGCGUCUCUACCAAUUGUUGCGUCCCUACCAAUUGUUGCGUCUCUACCAAUUGUUGCGUCUCUACCAAUUGUUGCGUCCCUACCAAUUGUUGCGUCCCUACCAAUUGUUGCGUCCCUACCAAUUGUUGCGUCCCUACCAAUUGUUGCGUCUCUACCAAUUGUUGCGUCCCUACCAAAUAAUGACACAACCUUACCCACAAACACCUUUAAAUAUGUUAUUCUUCAGUGA